AUGGAACCCAGUUUCUCAUUCCCAACUAGUGCUCCCAUGGAACCCAGUUUCUCCAUCCCCACUGAGAAACCCAGUUCUAAACCUGAACAACCUAGUGCUCCCAUGGAACCCAUUUUCUCAUUCCCUACUAGUGCUCCCAUGGAACCCAGUUCCUCCCUCCCCACUGAGAAACCCAGUUCUAAACCUGAACAACCUAGUGCUCCGAUGGAACCCAGUUUCUCAUUCCCCACUAGUGCUCCCAUGGAACCCAGUUUCUCAUUCCCCACUAGUGCUCCCAUUGAACCCAGUUUCUCCCUCCCCACUGAGAAACCCAGUUCUCUCCCCACUGAGAAACCCAGUUCUAAACCUGAACAACCUAGUGCUCCAAUGGACCCCAGUUUUUCAUUCCUCACUAGUGCUCCCAUGGAACCCAGUUCCUCCCUCCCCACUGAGAAACCCAGUUCUAAACCUGAACAACCUAUUGCUCCAAUGGACCCCAGUUUCUCAUUCCUCACUAGUGCUCACAUGGAACCUAGUUCCUUCCUCCCCACUGAGAAACCCAGUUCUAAACCUGAACAACCUAGUGCUCCCGUGGAACCCAGUUUCUUAUUCCCCUCUAGUGCGUCCAUGGAACCCAGUUUCUCAUUCCCCACUAGUGCUCCCAUGGCACCCAGUUCCUUCCUCCCCACUGAGAAAUCCAGUUCUAAACCUGAACAACCUAGUGCUCCCAUGGAACCCCGUUCCUCCCUUCCCACUGAACCCAUUUCUAAACCUGAUCAACUUAGUGCUCCAAUGGACCCCAGUUUCUCAAUUCUCACUAAUGCUCUCAUGGAAUCCAGUUCCUCCCUCCCCACUGAGAAACCCCGUUCUAAACCUGAACAACCUAUUGCUCCAAUGGACCCCAGUUUCUCAUUCCUCACUAGUUUUCUCAUUCCUCACUAG